CUGUCUGCCGGGGUCUCUGGCCACCCCAGGUUGGCGGUGUGAGCUUGGGAUCCUCCUGGUGACCUCCCCCAUCCAGGUCCCUCAGCCACUCUGCCCCAAGAUGGGCCGUGGGGCCGGCCGCGAGUACUCACCUGCAGCCACCACUGCGGAAAAUGGGGGCGGCAAGAAAAAACAGAAAGAGAAGGAGCUGGAUGAGCUGAAGAAGGAGGUGACCAUGGACGACCACAAGCUGUCCUUGGAUGAGCUGGGCCGCAAGUACCAAGUGGAUCUGUCCAAGGGCCUCACCAACCAGCGGGCCCAGGACAUUCUGGCUCGGGAUGGACCCAAUGCCCUCACCCCACCCCCGACCACCCCUGAGUGGGUCAAGUUCUGUCGCCAGCUUUUCGGGGGCUUCUCCAUCCUGCUGUGGAUUGGGGCCAUCCUCUGCUUCCUGGCCUACGGCAUCCAGGCUGCCAUGGAGGAUGAACCGUCCAAUGACAAUCUGUAUCUGGGCGUGGUGCUGGCAGCUGUGGUCAUCGUCACCGGCUGCUUCUCCUACUACCAGGAGGCCAAGAGCUCCAAGAUCAUGGAUUCCUUCAAGAACAUGGUGCCUCAGCAAGCCCUCGUGGUGCGGGAAGGAGAGAAGAUGCAGAUCAAUGCGGAGGAGGUGGUGGUGGGAGACCUGGUGGAGGUGAAGGGUGGAGACCGAGUGCCUGCCGACCUCCGGAUCAUCUCUUCUCACGGCUGUAAGGUGGAUAACUCAUCCCUAACAGGCGAGUCGGAGCCCCAGACCCGCUCCCCCGAGUUCACCCACGAGAACCCCCUGGAGACCCGCAAUAUCUGUUUCUUCUCUACCAACUGCGUGGAAGGCACUGCCAGGGGCAUCGUGAUUGCCACAGGUGACCGGACGGUGAUGGGCCGCAUAGCCACUCUGGCCUCAGGCCUGGAGGUCGGGCGGACACCCAUAGCCAUGGAGAUUGAGCAUUUCAUCCAGCUGAUCACGGGGGUGGCUGUGUUCCUGGGGGUAUCCUUCUUCGUGCUGUCCCUCAUCCUGGGCUACAGCUGGCUGGAGGCAGUCAUCUUCCUCAUCGGCAUCAUCGUGGCCAAUGUGCCUGAGGGGCUGCUGGCCACUGUCACUGUGUGUCUGACCCUGACAGCCAAGCGCAUGGCUCGGAAGAACUGCCUGGUGAAGAACCUGGAGGCGGUGGAGACGCUGGGCUCCACCUCCACCAUCUGCUCCGACAAGACGGGCACCCUCACCCAGAACCGCAUGACUGUCGCCCACAUGUGGUUUGACAACCAGAUCCAUGAGGCUGACACCACAGAAGAUCAGUCUGGGGCCACUUUCGACAAACGAUCCCCCACGUGGACCGCCCUGUCCCGGAUUGCUGGUCUCUGCAACCGUGCUGUCUUCAAGGCAGGGCAGGAGAACAUCUCUGUGUCUAAGCGGGACACAGCUGGUGAUGCCUCCGAGUCAGCUCUGCUCAAGUGCAUUGAGCUGUCCUGCGGCUCCGUGCGGAAGAUGAGGGAUAGAAACCCCAAGGUGGCGGAGAUCCCUUUCAACUCAACCAAUAAGUACCAGCUGUCCAUCCACGAGAGAGAAGACAGCCCCCAGAGCCACGUGCUGGUGAUGAAGGGGGCCCCCGAGCGCAUCCUGGACCGGUGCUCCUCCAUCUUGGUGCAGGGCAAGGAGGUCCCUCUGGACAAGGAGAUGCAAGACGCCUUCCAGAAUGCCUACCUGGAGCUGGGAGGACUGGGGGAGCGAGUGCUAGGCUUCUGUCAACUGAAUCUGCCCUCUGGAAAGUUUCCUCGGGGCUUCAAAUUCGACACAGAUGAGCUGAACUUUCCCACGGAGAAGCUCUGCUUCGUGGGGCUCAUGUCCAUGAUUGACCCUCCACGGGCUGCCGUGCCGGAUGCUGUGGGCAAGUGCCGGAGUGCAGGCAUCAAGGUGAUCAUGGUGACCGGGGACCACCCUAUCACAGCCAAGGCCAUUGCCAAAGGUGUGGGUAUCAUAUCAGAGGGCAACGAGACGGUGGAGGACAUUGCAGCCCGGCUCAACAUUCCUGUCAGCCAAGUCAACCCCAGAGAAGCCAAGGCGUGUGUGGUGCACGGCUCUGACCUGAAGGACAUGACGUCAGAGCAGCUGGACGAGAUCCUCAAGAACCACACGGAGAUUGUCUUUGCCCGGACAUCUCCUCAGCAGAAGCUCAUCAUCGUGGAGGGCUGUCAGAGGCAGGGAGCCAUUGUGGCGGUGACAGGGGACGGGGUGAAACGACCCCCCGCGCUGAAGAAGGCGGACAUCGGCAUUGCCAUGGGCAUCGCUGGCUCUGACGUGUCUAAGCAGGCAGCCGACAUGAUCCUGCUGGACGACAACUUUGCCUCCAUCGUCACGGGUGUGGAGGAGGGCCGCCUGAUCUUUGACAACCUGAAGAAAUCCAUCGCCUACACCCUGACCAGCAACAUCCCCGAGAUCACCCCCUUCCUGCUGUUCAUCAUCGCCAACAUCCCCCUGCCUCUGGGCACUGUGACCAUCCUCUGCAUUGACUUGGGCACUGACAUGGUCCCUGCCAUCUCCUUGGCCUAUGAGGCAGCUGAGAGUGACAUCAUGAAGCGACAGCCGAGAAACCCGCAGACAGACAAGCUGGUGAACGAGAGGCUAAUCAGCAUGGCCUAUGGACAGAUCGGGAUGAUCCAGGCGCUGGGUGGCUUCUUCACCUACUUCGUGAUCCUGGCAGAGAAUGGUUUCCUGCCUUCACGGCUGCUGGGAAUCCGCCUCGACUGGGACGACCGGUCCAUGAACGACCUGGAGGACAGCUACGGACAGGAGUGGACCUAUGAGCAGCGGAAGGUGGUGGAGUUCACUUGCCACACGGCCUUCUUUGCCAGCAUCGUGGUUGUGCAGUGGGCUGACCUCAUCAUCUGCAAGACCCGCCGCAACUCAGUCUUCCAGCAGGGCAUGAAGAACAAGAUUCUGAUUUUUGGGCUCCUGGAGGAGACAGCACUGGCAGCCUUUCUGUCUUACUGCCCGGGCAUGGGUGUGGCCCUGCGCAUGUACCCGCUCAAGGUCACUUGGUGGUUCUGCGCCUUCCCCUACAGUCUCCUCAUCUUCAUCUACGAUGAGGUCCGAAAGCUGAUCCUGCGGCGAUAUCCAGGUGGCUGGGUGGAGAAGGAGACAUACUACUGAGCCCGUUGGAAAGAAGAACCAAGCAUGGGAAAGACGGGGGGCCCUGAAGGUGUCGCAGGGAUGGCGUUGGGGAGGGGUGGAAAACAGUGGGGUGGCAUUUGGGGAGAAGACUUGGGGCGAGAGAAUGAGGCAACUCAGCAGGCCAAGUUGCGGGGAGUGGGUAAUUCAGCUUGGGGUGAUUGCCCCAGAGGCCUAUCUAGGAGCAAUCAGCUCAGACACUACAUGUCAGGGGUCCCUCCCCAGAUCCUGCUCCACUCCACUCCACGUGCUGUCUACCUUACCUGAGGAACCGAGGGGUACCCCAGUCCUCCCUGGUCCCUGUUCCUUCACCCUCACCUCCCACUAGAACAGAUCAACACCAAAAGGCAGGGGUCUGUCUAGACCAGGAGGGGAACUGUCUCAGAUCACCCGUGUCCCUUUAUCUCUCCAACCUCACCCCACUUCCCACCUUCACCCCUCAUUUGCUUCCUGCCUAACUCUGUCCCCUGCUUCCCCCUCAGACCUGGAAAUCACAAAUGGUGCCUCCUGGUGAGUGCUAGGGCCUGAGGCCAGAAAGGGAAGCCAGCCGGUUGGAGAAGCUGGCCCGUCUCCCAGUCAAAGCCAUUUAGGAAGCGCCAGAGCAGAGCUGGGCGGGCAGGUGGGAGAGUGGGGUGUGGCAGAGCAGGGGGACAUGAAAGGAGAGAGAAUGUCAAUACAGGAUGUCUGACAUAGAUCUCUGGGCUCCAGCUCUGUGACCUGCCCUUCAGAGCAGCGGUCCCCAACCUUUUUGGCGCCAGGGGCUGGUUCCGUGGAAGACAA